UCUCCUCCUGCCUUGUGUCUGUGAGCUCAUAUUCCUGUCUGCCCAGUCUGUGCUUCUUUCUCUUACUCAGUCUGCCUCAUUGAGUCUCACACUCAACAGCAACCAUGAAAACUUCCAGACAAACUACAUACUCUGUGCGAUCUUCUGCUAGUAGCAGGCCUGCUCCUGUGUCAAUCACCCGCACCUCUGCUCCUGUCUACAGGGCCUCCAGUAUUCAUGGUGGGGCCGGUGGGUCCCGCAUCAGCGUGUCCUCUGGCUUCCGGAGCUCACUGGGAGCCGGGAUGGGAGUGGGCUCUGGAGCAGGGGGCUUUUCCAGCAGUGUCCAGGUGAGCGGGAACAGCGCAGACAUCAUGGGCAAUGAGAAGUUUGCCAUGCAGAACCUGAAUGACCGCCUGGCCAACUACCUGGAGACAGUGAGAACCCUGGAGCAGGCCAACCACAAACUGGAGAUCAAGAUCAAGGAGGCCCUGGAGAAGAGCGGACCUGACUUCAGAGACUACAGCAAGUACCAGGCUAUCGUGAAUGACCUGAAGAAGAAGGUGUUUGAUGCCACCAUGGACAAUGCCCGCCUGGUUCUCAACAUCGACAAUGCUCGCCUGGCUGCGGAUGACUUCAAAGUGAAAUAUGAGUCUGAGCUGGCAAUCCGUCAGUCUGUGGAGGCUGACAUCGUUGGGCUGAGAAAACUAAUCGAUGACACCAACUUGAGCCGCAUGAACCUGGAGAGCGAGAUUGAAGCCUUGAAGGAGGAGCUCAUCCACCUCAAGAAGAACCAUGAAAAUGAAGUUAUGGAACUUCGCAACCAAAUUGCCCAGUCUGGAGUUCAUGUGGAUGUUGACGCUCCCAAGGGUCAAGAUCUGGCUCAGAUCAUGUCAGAAAUUAGGGCCAAGUAUGAAAAGAUGGCACUGAAGAAUCAGGAAGAACUCAAAGUAUGGCAUGAGUCUCAGAUAACAGAAGUCCAGACUCAGGUGAACCUGAACACAGAGGCCCUGAAGGGCGCCCAGACAGAGGUGCACGACCUGCGUAGACAGAUACAAACGCUAGAAAUUGAACUGGAGUCACAGAAGAGCCUGAAAGCCUCCCUGGAGGGCACAGUGAGGGACACAGAACUACGUUACAACAUGGAGAUUGAGUCUCUCAACUCCAUCAUCCUGGGUCUGGAGGCAGAGCUCACACAGCUGCGCAACAACAUACAGCUGCAGACACAGGAUUACGAGGCCCUGCUCAACACAAAGAUGAAGCUGGAGGCGGAGAUCGCAACAUACAGACGGCUGCUGGAUGGUGAAGAAUUCACGCUCAAGGAUGCUCUGGAGGAACAGAAAACAGUGAGGACCAAAGUGAUGACUGUCACACAGACCGUUGUGGAUGGGAAGGUGAUCGCCUCCAACACAGAGACCAAGAACCUUUAAAUACAAAAAGCAACCAACUAACUCCAACUCCAAACGAUCACUAGAAUCCAAAUUGACAAGUUUUACAAGUAGUCAUGCAGCAGUAACCAUUAGAUCCUCAGCUGUUUCAGAUAUUACUUUGACAUCCUGGAUAUACAGUUGUUAAAUAGGCGGCAAAAAGACUGGACAGAAGGAAAACAAAAUCAUCUUAUUUAUUUCAUUACAGUUUAUUUAUGUCCUGCAGACGUUUACAAAAGUUCAGAAUUGGAAAACUGUAAGCUUUUUCUGAGACAAACUCAGAAUCAGAGUCAAGAGUCAAAUUAACAUAAUUUUUUUCUUAUAUAUUUUGAUAAUCAUGUUUUGUUUUCCUUUUGUCCUGUUGUGUGUCCCCCUGCAAUGCUGUUAUAAUCAGACAUCUCAAUAAAGUUCUUUGGAAAAAUA